UCUUAGGUCGGAGGGAGCUGCCUUGCAGAGAUUGGGGGGCUCUGCUGUUUUUUAAUUACUUGUUUUGCCCACAUCUUGGUUACAAGCAUCCGAGAAUUUGUUUUAAAGUCUGUUCAAUACUAUAACAACUUAGGGUAGGCUGUAGUUUUAUCAUUUUCCGCUCAUGUCAUUUGUAAUUAAGUUUGACGUUUUUCAGUGUUUGUAUCAUUUCAAAACAUCUCCAUGAAAAGUUUUGGACAACUCGUUUUGGAUAAGUCGACGUGAUAGCGAGACAUCGUGUCGAUAUGUUGUUUUUACUAGAAAACCAGGUCAGUGUUUGGACGGACUCAUCCUCAUCAUCCUCCUCAUCCUCCGCCGAACUGAUCCAGGCUGCGGUUCCCCCGUCCGUGCAGCUCGGUCUCACGGUUCUCUACACGGUUUUGUAUUCGCUCCUCUUCGUGUUUGUUUACCUGCAGCUCUGGUUGAUUCUGCACUACGGACACAAACGCCUCAGCUACCAGAGUGUUUUUCUCUUUUUGUGUUUGCUCUGGUCUGCCCUGAGGACGACGCUCUUCUCUUUUUACUUUAAAAAUGUUGUUCAAGCAAACCAGCUCCAGCCUCUGCCGUUCUGGCUGCUGUAUUGUUUCCCAGUCUGCCUGCAGUUCUUCACCCUGUGUCUGCUCAACCUUUACUUUGCUCAGGUGAUUUUCAAAGCCAAAGCGAAAUAUUCCCCAGAGCUCAACAAGUACAAGGUGCCAUUGCGACUGGGAUUUCUCCUGGCUGGUGUUUUUUUCCUGGUGGUAAAUGUGACGUGUGCCAUGCUGGUUCAGGGGGAUGCUGGCGAGAGUCAGGUUAAAGAUGCAGUUCUGGCUCGAGUGCUGGUCAACGACAGCCUCUUCGUUCUCUGUGCUGUCUCACUCGCCAUCUGCAUCUUCAAGAUUGCUAAAAUGUCUUCUGCCAACGUCUACCUGGAGUCUAAGGGGACGUCAGUAUGCCAGGCCACAGCCAUCGGGGCGGUAGUUAUCCUGCUCUACACCUCCAGAGCCUGUUAUAACCUGGUCGUGGUGGCGCUUUCUCCUGAAGAUCGGCCCAGUCCGUUCAAUUACGGCUGGUAUAAUGUGUCUGACCAGGCGGAUGCAGAGAAGAUCAAUGGUGAAGCCUAUGUGGUGUUUGGGAUCAUCCUUUUCUUCUGGGAGCUGCUGCCCACCAGUCUAGUGGUGCUGUUCUUCAGAGUCCAUCGGCCCAAUCAGAACCUGACACCAGGCGGGAUGAUCAACAGUCACAGCUUCAGCUCCAGGGCGUAUUUUUUUGAUAACCCACGGCGGUACGAUAGCGAUGACGACCUGACUAGAAACGCAACUUCUAGAGGAGAGAGAUGCAGCAGUAUCCUGUCAUCCACACCGCAGACGGGCCAAAGUUGGUACGGCUCCAUCCAGAGAAACAGCAGCCUCACAGCCAUCCCAUACCUGAGCAACGGCCCCCAAACAUCCACCGCACCGCUUCUCUUCGCUUACGGCACCAACCAAACCAACCAGCACCACAACUACUACUCGACACCCCAGAACUACUACUCCAGCUCUCAGACACACUACUCCACUCCUCAGAACUAAUGGAUCAUCCAGACUGAGGUUUGGCUUUACUGUUGUCUUCCCCCUCAGCCAAUUCAUCCUCCGACAUCUGUGAGGAAGGAUUCAAAAGGGACCAUAUGAAGGUAAUGUAGGGGAGGGGUGUUUGUUAGGACCAAAAGGAGCAGCUUUUUCCUCUUAUUUGACGUUCUGUUUUCCCAAAAUAAAAAAAAACAUCAAUCCUUUUGCCUCUCCAGUGGCGCAUUGAGAGCCUUCAGCACAUGGACUCCACUCUGUGAGUUGGGAUGUGCUUUUUGCACUUAUUAUGGGCCUGCGUUUCAUAUUUUGUGUCAACUGGAAUAGUUUAGGCUAAAAUAUGUUGGUUUUUUUGGCAGAGCAUGUGUGUUAUUGUGUAUUAUUUCAUGGAUUUGAAGGAUAUGUGUGAAAGAACAUUCUGGAUUUGGUGAUACUUGGACCCAAAGUGCACUGACAUUGACGUUCCUUUAUUACGUUUGCCAAAGAGCUCGUGCUUCAAGCCUCUAAUGUUGGAUUUCCGUGCCUCACAAAGGCCUGCUCAUUUCUCCCAAUCCCAUGCUGACCAUUAGGAUUUGGUGUCUACUUGGCUUGAUUAAGACGAUUAACUCCACUCAUAUCUGCUAAUAUUUGGCUUUUAAAGGAUGUUUCAAAGAGGCUUGUGGGUGAUUUUACAGUACCUGCAUAUUUGUUUGUCAAAUCUAGUAUGUGGUUCUCCUGAAAUGGUGCCAUUGUUUAAUUUUUACUUCCUUUUUUUUCCCUAAACGAAAACAUUUUGCACAAAAUUAAUGUUGAAAAUAAGCUUUAUAUCAUCAUUCCUGGUUAAUUGUAUUUCAGGAACACGAUAGGUCAGCAAUCGAUGUCCUGUAUGUUCCUUAAAUGUCAGUUUUUUGUGUUUUAGUGAAGAAAAUAAGAUAUGUUUUUAAAUCCCCCACCCCCCCGAUUUGCUGCUCUAUACAUCUUAUCAGCUAAAAAUAUCAACAAUCAUUUGGCUGAAGCAAUCGUCAGAUAUGAUAUACGGUCAGCUCUAAGAUUAAAAUUCAACACGCACCUGCUUUGUUAUAGGAUUUCUCUUUAGUGUGUGUUAUUUUAAAUUGCGUCAUGCAGGGUUUUGUGUGUGUG